UGGGAAUCAGACAGGAUCGUCUCCGUCGCGCUUGUCGGGCCAGUCUAGGUUGAAACGCUGCGGUGGCCGGACGGUUGGCUCAAAAGCGCUCCACGUAUAGACGUCGACCAUAACUUACUCGCGUGUUUUUCAGUUGCUAUCGGCAGGCGCGCGCGAACUUGACCAGUUUUCUUUCAUGGUUUUUGAUUUGAUCCCAUUUAGAUUCCAUUCAGUGCGUAAUAGGAGUGGUUCUUUCGCUCAUGUGCCCGCGGUUUGUGUUAUUUUGAGUUACUUUUAGUUUUGAUUUCCCCGACCAACGCCACCCCAACACCCUUCCUUUUUGAUUUGGUUCAGUUUAUCGGAGAUGGCUCCAGUGCGGAACAUGCUGAUCCUGUUGUCGCUGAUCAUGUCCUCGUGUCGGGGGAUCUUCAUAGGCGGAGAGCAAGACGUGGCGAGCCCGCUCAGGGUUGCACAGUGCCGGGCCACCUGCUUGGAAAGGACAGACGUGUUGUUGAAACCACAUCUCCUGGGCAUCAUGGUUAUUCAAUUCAGGAAUGAAAGAGUUAGUAAUCAUAGCUCUAUACCGAUCACCAUUGACUGUAACGUUCUGGCCAUCAUCGUUUUUGAAGAAUUUUCAAGCGACGGAGGUCAGACCACAUGCUUGCAAGGCCCGGACUGUUUCAUGUGCUGGGAAAACUGCGAGCUGCUCCAAUCGAACUUUCAAGUGUGGGGCGCCAUGUGUGAAGAGAAAGAGAUCUGUUUCCCCGGCUGUCAAGAAGCCUGCAAGUUUCACGCGGAAGCAUCGACCAGCAUUCAACAAACCCAGCCGGUAAUCCAUACCAAAGGCGAAGCUGUGAUCAGGGUAUCCGGCGCAAGAGCGCGCUGGCCCACCAGGCCGUUGUCUGUCGAUCCCAAAAUUCCCGUAGUGUACGUCGUAAUGAGGAAAAGUCAAACUGGACCGUGGAGGCAAAUAAUCCAAACCCUAGAUUCGAGCACCAGGGUACCCGUUGACCAAGGCAACGCCAUGCUUCGAGUGCUGGUAGUAGACCCCCAAGGACUGAUAACGAUUUAUAGCCCGGACGAGGAAAGUUUGAAAGGCAUGAAAAAGAGAAAGAAAACGGUGAACACGGAAAUUAAAGCCACGACGAGCAAAAGUAUUAUUCCAGAAGACACUCCUUGGGUAUUGAAAGAAGUGUCUUUGAUCCAUCAAAAGGUGUUGGUGAUAGGUGAGAUAGCGUGGGAAGCCAAAGCCAAUCGAGGAGUUUAUUUAGUCACUUGGGAAGUAGACGGGGGCGGUCUCAAAGGUAACCUUUUCACAGACUCCACUUGCGUGACGUUGUCUCUGUGGCCCGACACUAUUUAUCACAUUCAAGUAGAGCUAGUGUCGAGGAUUCCGGGUGUGGAAAAUUUAAAAUCGGACAUGAUGGACUUGGACACUGGCAGGGCGCAGAAGGUAUCCACCGAAACCGACGUCAAUAUCUUACCCGAAGAUGUGCCAGAAGAAGUUGAUUUUAAUUCUCCUCUAUUAUCCGUCUUCUACAGCGCAGUUAAGGGUGAACACGUGCGUCAGAGCUAUAGAAAUUUCGAGCUCGUGAUGGGAACGUGCGCGGCCAUUUUACUGUUCGCGAUUUUGUUUGCGAUAAUCUUGUGGAGGUGUAGAAAUAGGGGGGGACUGGUGCAGAACAUGAUCACCGGAGUUUCGAAUGUCAGGAGUCAGAAGCUCGUGGAAGAUCUAAGUGACUACGCAGGUUUCCAGCCGAUAAUUACUGUACUAGGUCCAACGGAAGUGCCAAGAGAAGUGUCGGAAGUGAGCUUUCAAUAUGCGACGGAGCACACGGCCUCAGUCGACAGCCAAUCGAGAAAGACUGUUCAAGUGUGACGUCACAGCGGUGACGUGAUCGCAAACGUGAGUUAUUAAAGUGCGCCGACACGAACGCUUCGAAAGUUCCUAGGUUCGAUUUUUUUUUUAAAUUUCGCGCCGCGUUGCAGUGAAGUGGCAGCAGAGGAGCGGGAGGACUUACCGUGAAAUUUCAUUAAAUAUUUUAUGUAUGUAUAUGUGUGUACAAAAACUAGUCUAAAUAUUAUGAUCAAAACGUAAAUUUUUGUUCAAAAGUUUCGCUCAUCGCUAUGGUCAGUUUCGUUGUUUUUUGGGGGGACGACAAUCAUCGAUCGGUCAACCAUUUUGUUUCUUUUUUCAAAAAAUUAAAAAAUGUAUGAAUCAAAAACGAAUAUAAUCAAAUGAUCUGCCACAGGGUGUCGAUAACUCUAUUUUCUCGCUGGUGUAUUAACAUAAUGUAUAUACUGAAAUCAAUUUUAGACGGUCUUAGCUAUUUUAAAUAUGUAAAUGUGAUUAGAUCAAUUCGCGGGUUGUAAAGUAUCUUCAAUUUAUCUUCCUUGUACACAAUUAAAUUUUAUUGACGAUUUUUUCCUUUGUCCUGAAACACUUAUCGAGAUUAAACUCGCUCGAGUUAGUCAAAAAGCUAAUUAGUCAAUCCGACACAUCGUAAUAUUAUUAAUUUUGACUGUGUUAUAUUUUUAUUUAGUUUUAGUUGGUAAUGUAGUGUAAUUUAUUUCUAUGCUGUGUCUUGAAUUAGUUAAUCCUAAGAAGCAUUUGUAAAUAUACAGAAACUGAAUGUAUCUAAUGAAAUCUAGAACGUCCAAGUUCGCCUAGCAAUCGGUCAA